AUGACGAGCGUUCGGAAUAUCCGACACACCGUUCCUGGAAGCAGCCCCGACGCCAACAGCAAGACAGCUCACUUCUGCGCCUUCCAAGCGAGCUUCGGCUGCUUAUUUACUCUCGGAAGCUAUGAAGUGCACAUUCCCGGCGUAUGGACUUCUAUGGGUAUCUGGACGUCGCUAUCGCGGGCUUGUCAGCAAACUUAUCUUGAGUUGACUGAUGCACUUUACGGGGGAAAUGCUUUCCAUUUCAGCAUGACCACGCGCGAGCGCGUCUGGGCCUUUUCUCCACGCACAACAUCUGACGGGUCGAACGAUGACGCUGCCGGAUUGCGGGCACUCAAUACUCCUCACGCACGAGGCCUACCAAUCAACACGAUCAAGACAGCUGGGAUUUCACACUUCUGCCUACGACGCAUGCGCCGUGUCAGUGUUCGCAUCGAGGAAGACCUUACCCAGCCAGUACCAUACAGGCGCGUACAGGCUUGGUUGCGCGAGCUUGUCGCAAUGUUCGGCAAUCACAGCCAAGUCCAUUGUUUGCAGGUGCUCCAGGUCGAGCUCGUAUGCGGGACUUUCAGGUAUGGUGGCUUUCCUAGCUUCACAAAUACUGUUUUCUGGGAGUUUAUACCAAAUCCUUUUCGAGAGAAGGCAAACGCUUUUCAGUAUGUACUAGAGCCGCUUCUUGGCCUCACUGGUGUGGCUCAUGUAGACAUUCGGGGGCACGUGUCAGAGCCGUUUGCAACCAGGCUUGGAAAGGAGAUGAUGAAAAGACUUGGAGACAAGGCAACAUCCAGAGUGCCUCUCCCUUCAACUUCUUAUGGAGUGCAGCCACACGGGUCCAACACCCGAAGCGUGCGCAAGUUCCACGAGCCAGAGUUCGAAUGGCGCGUGGAAGAGCAGGCAAACCCCCUCAGAGCCCAGUCUGAUAUUCCCCAAAUACGAUCUGGUUCGCCAGAGCCAGUGAGGCAACUGACAACCCAAAGACCUCUCGGGGUUCCAGUACCACUCACCAUCUCAACGACGAUAGAACGCCAGCAAAACCGGCACAUCGUCGAACGCCUGAUGUUGAAGUUUCAGAAGAGCUUAAAUGGGGAUUCACCAUGCUCAUGCCAAACAAUAGAAGCUUGGUCAGAGGACGAAGUCUCAUCAUCUAGCGAUGGUUGGGACUCUGUCUACGACACCGGCUCUGAGUUCUGCCCCAACGGACCUGGGGAUGCUGACCUGCCCAUCGUUGGACCUGGCCUACGACAGCGCGUCGACCAAGAAUCGGGUCGUAAAAGCCGAAAUAGAGCGGCGGACUCUUCUUCUGUACAGACGUGUACGAUUGCGACACAAUCAAGCCAAGAGCGGAGAGCCAAGCGCAAGCGUACUAGUAGCAGAAACCACUCAGAUGACGGAGAUAGCGACAAUGAACGUCGUCAGCCAUUUUUGACAAGAUACGAAGCAGACGAAACAAAGCGAUUCGCAUGCCCAUACUUCCAACGUCAGCCAGAAGCUCCCUCAAGGCCCGCGGCUUGUUUCUCGAAAGGAUUUGCAUCCGUGUCCAGGUUGAAAGAACACCUUUUCCGUGCCCAUGCCCCUCAAGAGCAAUGCCCUCGAUGCUUCAAAGUCUUUGACUCUGAUGACGAUCUUAAUGAACACUUGCGAGCAGAGCAGAGGUGUCCAGAAAGCCUUGUCCGUCCAGUUGAAGAAAGACUAAGUAGGAAGCAAGCAGACCUCAUAAAGAGCAAGAAGAGGCCGAAAGGGGCUACUGAAGAAGACAAGUGGCGUGCUGUUUAUGCGAUCAUCUUCCCCCAAGAUGACGAAGAAAACAUGCCAUCACCAUAUUGGUACGGUCAGGCAGUUUGCCAGCAUCUUCGAGAGUCAGAACACUUCUCUUCAGAAUUUGAGCGGUAUAUCCGGAGAGAGCUGCCUCGCCUUGUCCGAUCGAGCCUCGAAGCAGCCGUAGAGGAACGUUCCCAAGUUCUCGAAGAUGAGCUUUCACACGAGUUGAAAGCAAUCGUGCGUCGAUGCCAGGAAAUCCUCUCUCACACCUUCCAGCAACAGGAGAUGCAUGACGAAUCUCGGCUACAACCUCAACGAAGUCUUGACAAUCCUGAUACCGCAAUAGCAGGCUCUAAUCUCCCCACCGAAAGCGCUUCCAACACAGCGGAUGUACUGGAAGCUACGGAUAUCCAGAGGCAUGAUGUUUCAGCUGACGAGCCGACCGUCGAGGAUACGCAUCAGCCAGUUUCUCGUGGAGAUGUCCACCACAAUUCUGGUAAUGAUCUAACUCUAGUGAACCUUCCAAUAGAUGGUGCUGGGGAUGUUCCAGGUGCCGGCGAUCCCCUGUGGGGCCCUGCAAGUUUCCCUUUCUCCUUGGAUUCAAAUGUUUUCGAUAUGCUGGAUUUUGAUGGAUUUUGA